AUGAAAUACAAAAGGAAAAUAAUGAUAUCAUUGAUUUUACUGUAUCUAUGGGCCUUGCACACAAAGUAUUAUUUCAGCUCAAAGAAACUACGGAUGAUGAUGUAUAAGUGCUGGUCUCCUAAAAAUAAAACAGAAUUGCAUCUAUCUGAUUGGUUUAAUCCCAGACUGAACUUCACAGAUAAGAACUUGAGUGUUACUGAAUGGUCAGCUCCAGUUGUGUGGCAUGGUACUUACAAUGAGUCAGUCUUGGAAAAUUAUUAUGCAAAUCGUAAAAUUACUGUGGGAUUGACUGUAUUUGCUGUGGGAAGAUACCUUCAGUUCUAUUUGCACAGUUUUUUGUCAUCUGCUGAUAAGUUUUUCAUGGUCGACCAGAAAGUCAUCUUUUAUGUCAUGGUAGAUAAUUUUUCCACUAUUCGUUGGAUGCCUCUGAGCCGCCUCCACACAUUCAAAAUCUUUAAAAUUAAACGAGAAGAGAGAUGGCAAGAUAUCAGUAUGGUGCGCAUGAAGAUCAUCAGUGAACAUAUUGUGGAUCACAUCCAGAAUGAAGUUGACUUCCUUUUCUGCAUGGAUGUGGAUCAAAUCUUCAGAGGAAAAUAUGGUUUGGAGACUCUGGGAGAGUCAGUAGCUCAGUUACAUACUUACUGGUAUAAGGCAAAUUCUACAGUGUUGCCUUAUGAGAGAAAUCAGUUAUCAGAAGCUUAUAUACCUAUGGGUGAGGGAGAUUUUUAUUACCAUGCUGCUGUUUUUGGUGGUACUCCCAUUCAGGUUCUCAAUAUUGCCAGGGAAUGCUCCAAAGGAAUCAUGAAUGACAAGAAAAAUAACAUUGAAGCAGUGUGGCAUGAUGAAAGCCACUUAAACAAAUAUUUCUUUCUCCAUAAACCCACUAAAAUCUUAUCAUCAGAAUACUACUGGGAUUUAUAUCAAAAAAGGACUCCUGAUAUUAAAAACAUUAAACUCUCUUGGGAUAUUAAGAAUUAUGAACUUCUUAGAGUGAAUGAUUAAUUUUAUAGCCCUUCCUUCAUGUUUCUGAAUUUAGGGCAUCAUUUUGUCUUAUUGCUUAGAAAAUUAGCACUGGAUGAAUUUUAGCACUAAAAGUUCGACUACCGAAAAGGUAGGCCCACCAACACAACAAACAUGCUUUUCCUCACAUUCAUUUUGAGUCACAUAACAUGGAACAUAGUCAUUGUAGAAUGAAUUUAUUGAAAUCAGAUGGAGAUGGAGUAGUUUCAAACCUUGUAUGAAUGUUGAAGAAAUAUUAUUUGUUAGAUCACACAAGAACAGAAUAUAAAAUAAAACCUGAAACGUUUCAAUUGAUCCAAGAAGAUGUAAAUUUCUCAUAUUGCUUAAGAAAAGGGGUUGUUUAGUGGUAUGGGGAAAGGAAGAUUCUUGCAACUAUGCUAAUACGACCAGUAGGUAAAACCUUGAAGACAUUAAAGCAGCUAUUAGAUGGGCAGAUAGUUACUUAAGAAAAUUUGAGUCAGUCAAAAAAAUACAUAUAUAUUGUUUUACAAACAAAUGAAAAUAAAAUUUAU